GAUGAUUGAGAAACAAUCCAUGACACUGGCAGGUCUCAGCUCUUGGGCAAAGGGGGCAGUGCAUGCUAUAAAUUCUGCAGGGGUGCCCAAACUUUUGCAGACGCCAUUUUUUUGUUUUCUGUUAUUUUGAAAGUGUAAAUGAUGGAAAUAAAAUCUAACUUUUGUUGACAUAUUAUAAGAAUGUCUAAUCUGUAAUUUGAUGCCUUUUGGAGAUUUUUCCAUCUUUCCUUGGCUUCUUUAUGCACAUUAAUACAAAUUUUUAGCUGGGGUGCCCAAACUUUCGAUCCCCACUGUAUGUAUAUAUAUAUAUAUAUAUAU